AUGUCUGGAAGAGGUAAUUUCAGAGGGCGAGGUAACUUUGGAUCAAGAGGAGGAAGAGGUAGCUUUGGAGGAAGAGGCAACUUUGGUGGAAGAGGUGGUAGAGGUGGUUUUAAUGGAAAUAAGCGUUAUGUUGAUAUCAGAGAAGCUAAAUCAGCUGAAAUCAAAAAGUCAUUAACACAUAGAGCCAGAUUGAGAAAAGGUUAUUUCAAGUUACUUGAGAAAGAAGGAAUAGAGGCGCCUGAGAAGCCUGAAAGAGGUGAGAGACCGAGACGAGACACAACUUCACAAUCAGAGAUUGCAGACACCAAUGGUGAUAGUAUAGAAGAAAGAAAACCAUUAUCAUAUGCUGAAAGAUCAAAGAUAGUUAAAGAAAGAAAAGACCAAAAGAGAAAAGAUGAAUUAGAACAUGUCAGAGAGAAAAGAAAAAUGAUUGAGAAGAGAUCAAAGGAAAGAGUUUUAAAGAAGGAAAGAAUCACUCAAUCAACCAGAAGAGGUCAACCAUUAAUGGGACCAAGAAUCACUAAUUUAUUAGAUAAAAUUAAAAAGGAUAUGCAAUGA